CAAAAAUGAAAACCACCGUAACAGAAACUCAAUCCCCCCAAUUCAAUUCGCAUAAAUGAACUUCCAAUUCAAUCCCUUUACCCUCUCCCUCUUCAAUCUUCACUUCCAUAGGAGCUCGGGAGCAAUCGCGAUUUGCAUUUAUAAGCAAUCGAUCGGAGUCCGCCGGCGAGAAUCGCUUGAGAAAGAGGGGAAUCAGAGCAGGUUCUCUCUGCUUCUUUAGGAGGGAAAGAAAAAUGGCGAACCUUCCUAAUUCGCUCUCCAUGAAUGCUCCCUUCGGAGGACCUGGCGGCCCUAACCCUGGCGCCGCAGGAGCGCCGGCCGGAAAGGAACGGAGAAUGGCAUCUGCCGAGCACUUGGUUCUCGAGCUGAGCAACCCCGACCUUCGAGAGAACGCUCUUCUCGAGCUCUCUAAGAAGAGGGAAUUAUUUCAGGAUUUGGCUCCAUUGCUGUGGAACUCCUUUGGUACAAUUGCUGCACUUUUGCAGGAAAUAGUUUCAAUAUAUCCUGUUCUGUCUCCACCAAACUUAAGCCCAGCUCAAUCAAAUAGGGUCUGCAAUGCCCUUGCUCUGCUUCAGUGUGUUGCCUCUCAUCCAGACACAAGGAUGUUAUUCCUUAAUGCUCAUAUACCUCUCUAUCUGUACCCUUUCCUCAACACAACAAACAAGUCCAGACCUUUUGAGUACUUGAGGCUUACUAGUUUAGGUGUCAUUGGUGCUUUGGUGAAGGUGGAUGACACUGAAGUCAUUAGUUUCCUUCUGUCAACUGAAAUAAUCCCCUUGUGUCUGCGUACCAUGGAAAUGGGGAGUGAAUUGUCAAAGACGGUCGCGACAUUUAUAGUUCAGAAGAUAUUACUGGACGACGUGGGUCUUGAUUACAUCUGCACUACAGCAGAAAGGUUUUUCGCGGUAGGAAGAGUUCUGGGCAACAUGGUGACGGCACUUUCUGAGCAGCCAUCUCCUAGGUUGCUGAAGCAUAUCAUCAGAUGCUACCUUCGACUAUCCGACAACCUGAGGGCGUGUGAUGCACUAAGGAGUUGCCUGCCAGAAAUGCUUAGGGAUGCUACCUUCAACAGUUGCCUUCGCGAAGAUCCGACCACAAGGCGAUGGCUGCAACAGUUGCUUCACAAUGUCGGGGUGAACCGCGUUCCUGCUGGACUUCAGGGUGGUGGAGGAUUUGAGCAUAUGUUGGUAAACUAGAAUCAUCAAUCUGGAACUGCAAUGAGGUCGAGUCUACCUUGGAGUUGGUGGUGUUAACUCUAGGAUAGAAGUAAAAGGAGUGAAAGUGCUGGUAGUUGUAGCUGGCUGGCCUUUCUUGUGGAUGCUUAUCAAUUGAUUGUCUGGCGAUGGAGUUGGGUUCUGAAUGUUACCUAUUAUGUUGACAGCCUUCUAUCUCAAAGGAUGAAGCCUACAUCAACUUGUUUAUUGAGCUUAAUUUCUAUUUGGGCUGUAGAUAAAGAUAGAAUAUAUGUUUAUAAAGACAAACUGUCUUCUUGCAAGGGGGGUAGUUUUAUGUUGGGCUUUCAAAGAAAAAAAGAGGAUGAGGAAAAGGACUACCUCUUUUUUGUCAUUAUUGGACUUGAUUUGUGAGCUGUGACUGUACAUGGGAGCUGGGCUGGCACGGCAAGGGCAUGCUUCGGGUCCAUUUAUUUCGUGCCGUGCUUGACACGGUCCGUCAUUUUUUGUGUCAUGUUAUACAAGCCUAUUUGUUAACUUUGUUAGACUCGGUCCAGGGCC